CUCCUAUGGGUUCUUUCUCAUCUGAAAACAAGGAGAGCUAGCACUCUGCAGCGACACCAGAAAGUGCAGAGACCACGUAUACUGGAUUUUCAUUGUGCAAACUUUAGGAAAUGCAAAAAUAAAUGAAAAGCAUAAUAAGUAUUCUUUUCCCCAUUCUUUCAUGAGAGACAGUGUAGCCUUUUGGACUGGAUUUCAGCUGGAACUCCUCAGUUCUUGUUCCAUUUUAGGAUUGUCUAUACUUCAAAGUUAAUGCCAGUUAAGGAUUCAACAAUUAAUGAAAAAUUCAUGCAAGAGUACAGAUAAAGAAGAAAAAUCUAACCAUUAGAGAAAUGGCAGGAUUCCUAGACAAUUUCCGAUGGCCAGAGUGUGAGUGUAUUGACUGGAGUGAAAGAAGAAAUGCAGUUGCUUCAGUGGUUGCAGGUGUACUGUUUUUCACAGGCUGGUGGAUAAUGAUAGAUGCUGCAGUAGUUUAUCCUAAACCAGAACAAAUGAACCAUGCAUUCCACACCUGUGGAGUGUUUUCCACAUUAGCUUUUUUCAUGAUAAAUGCUGUAUCAAAUGCACAGGUGAGAGGAGAUAGCUACAGCGAUGGAUGUCUAGGAAGAACAGGUGCUCGCAUCUGGCUCUUUAUUGGUUUCAUGUUGAUGUUCGGUUCACUUAUUGCUUCAAUGUGGAUCCUUUUUGGAGCAUAUGUUACACAAAACACGAAUGUGUACCCAGGAUUAGCUGUGUUUUUUCAAAAUGCAUUGAUAUUUUUUAGUACUCUGAUCUACAAAUUUGGAAGAACCGAAGAGUUAUGGGGAUAAUAUAAUUAAAGUUAGCAUUAAGUCCAUGCCCUUUAUAGUGUAUCCAGUAUCUAGACAUCUUUGUUUUGUUUGUUUUUACAUUUUGCUAAAUAUUCAGAUGUUGCAUUAAAUCUUUGUUAAUGUUCUUUUGCUUUCUCUAAAUUGAAUGAACUAUGAGAUUUUCAAAAAUUGUUUAACAGUUUUCUGUAAUUAGUUCCCUUUUUUCAUAGGACAGAUUUGUGAAUAUGUACAUUAUAUGGCUGUGUAUGUAUAUAUCUUAAAGCGAAUGUUAAUUUUUUUAAUUUCUGAAGUCUUUAUUUCUGCUCUCAUACAUGAACUUGCAACACCAUGUAGGAUCUGAUCCUGCAAACCCUCACACAUGUGAGACAAACUUCAGUUGAACUACUCAAGCAAGUAAGAGUUUGCAGGAUCAAGCCCACACUGUAUCAGAUCAACUAUUACUUUUAUGCGCUGGUGAGCUGUAGCUGAUUUUACAAGCUAUGCAGCAAUGCCUAGUUGGAUACCUCAAAGCAGAAGUGAGUCCUUCAAAGUGUCUCAGCUAAAAUUCUAGAUAGUUAAGAGGAAAAAAUCUUGAUUAGAUCCUGGGCUAAGAGUGAGAUUUUAAGAAGAAUUUUAUAUAAAGGUUUGAAAAAGUCAAAUACAGAAUAGCUUUUGAACUAUUUUUAAAAGGUGAAGACUUUUUAACAAGGUCCCAUAAUAAAGGGACAAUUUGAGUGACCAGUUUUAUUUUCAAUCCUGUCAUUAUUAUAGCACAAACACAAUUUAAUGACAUGAUUCUUGUAAAAUUAAACACUAAUGUCUAGUGUUCAGUAACUUAUUACCAUUAGCUAUAUUUACCAUUACAUUCAAGAAAAACCUAAAUUCAUCUGAGGGCUUGGCUACACUUACAAAUUUGCAGCGCUGCAGCAGGGUGUGAAAACACAC